AUGUCAAUAGACCUCUCCUCUAUUCCGCCUCUACAACAACCAACUCCUCCUUCGAACACCCUCCUCAUCACCAAUCUCCAGGAUGCCGAAAUCUUCCGCGCCGACAAUCUCCAAACCAUCAAAGACCUCAUCAACGCCUCGGCGCCUAUCCACUCGUGGGCGCCGCUCAAAUCCUUCAGGCGCAUCAUAGCCUCCUUCUUUGACGAGGACUCCGCUAUUCGGAUCCGUCAAAUCCUCGAUGGCGAAGCAAUAAUGGGCGAGCGUGUCAAGGUGUAUUUCGGCCAACCAACCAACAUCGAACCCAAAGACGAGCAUCUCAAUCUGCCUGAUGCAGGGAAGUUGUUCUUCAUCUCGCCUCCGCCUUCUCCUCCUCACGGAUGGGAAAUGAAGUUAGAAGACGCACCAAAUAAACAGGUACAUGCGGAGGAUUUGGCGGAGGCAUUGGCGAAGCUACAUCACAAGCCGCGGACAGAUCUCCCCGCAAGCCCAAUAAGUGAUGGGGAGCAAGAGCCGGGAAGAGCACGCAGUGGAUCGAGCACGACGAUAUAUCACCCGAGUGAACAUGGGUGCAGUCCCAACCUGCCGGCAAUUUCGGUAGAGGAUUUGACGGGCGAGAGUAACAUUAGUCCGAUUGAGACGGAGAAGCCUAUUCUUGCUCAUACUUCAAGACCACCAGUAGAGUUGAUGGAAACGUGA